UAUGCUGGAUUUAUUAUUACCACAUCAUGAUGUUGAUGAUGGGAUGGGACUCUCGGAGGUUUGGUUCUUAGGACCUGAUGAGAAUACAGGUACAGGGGGUUUAUUAGAUUGGGCAGCACAGCGUGCAAAAGAAAGAGGUUGUGUAUGGUGGAAGGCAUUCACGACGGGCAAAUUAAUUCAACAUGGAGGAAUUCCUCAUGAUAGAUUUGGUAUGACUACUGCUAGUGUUGAAGCAUUUGUUAAAGGAAUAUAUAAUAAAUUAAAUCUAAAAGAAGAAGAAAUGACAAGAAUACAGACAGGAGGACCUGAUGGUGAUUUAGGUUGUAAUGCUUUAUUACAAACUAAAUCUAAAACUAUUGCUGUUAUUGAUGCAUCAGGAGUAUUAUAUGAUCCAAAAGGAUUAAAUAAAGAAGAAUUACAUCGUUUAUGUAGAUUAAGAUUUGAAGGAAAAGAGACAAAUGCUAUGUUAUAUAAUUCCUCUCUUUUGUCUCCUCAAGGAUUCAAGGUUGCACAAGACGCAAGGGAUAUAAUACUACCUGAUGGUACAUUUGUUGCUAGUGGCCUAGACUUCCGUAAUAAUUUUUAUUUAUAUAAAUAUGCAAAAAGUGAUCUAUUUAAUCCUUGUGGUGGUCGUCCUUCGUCAAUAACACCACAAAAUAAGAAUAUUACAAGAUAA